UAGUAAUUUCUGAAGUACAUAUUAAACCAACAUGUACGUGAUUUGCCAGUUUUUCUUGAAGUUUUUGGUUAAUCAUCUUCGCACAGGAGACAUCAAAACCCAAAGUAUACUCUCUUUUCUGAAUGAUUAAGCCAGACUUCCCAGAACAUUUCACUAGCAAGUAGGGCCAUGACAGUCUGCUAACAACGAACUGAAAGGGAAAUACAUAGCAUCCAUCAUCUGCGGGAAAAAAAAACGGAAAAAAUGGGAGAAAGAAAAAGUGAUGUCCCCAAAGAUGUGAUGAGAAAAGGAAAAUCCAAGAUGCAACUCAAAAGAAAUAUAGGUUAUUUUGAUGGGGUAAGUUUUAUUAUAGGAACAAUUGUUGGGGCAGGGAUCUUUGUUUCUCCCACUGGGGUGUUAAAGCAUUCCUUACUCAACGUUGGCGUUGCACUAACGAUCUGGACUGCGUCUGGGCUGGUUUCUCUGAUGGGUGCCCUCUGCUAUGCGGAGCUGGGAACUGCUCUGCCUUUCUCUGGAGGAGAAUACAGCCACAUUAAAAGAAGCCUUGGAUCCCUGCCUGCUUUUGUGUUUAUCUGGACGUCAACAGUUACCAAGCCAGCAUCGAAUGCUGCUCGAGCUUUGCUGUUUGCUGAAUAUGCCACCCAGCCUUUCUAUGGUGCUUGUCCUGCACCAGAAGUGGUGAAGAAAUGCUUGGCCUUGGCCGUUCUCUGGUCCCUGGGGAUUUUGAAUGGCCGCAGCGUUAAAAUGGCUGCAUGGGUGCAGACAGUUUUCACUCUGCUGAAGAUGAUGGCCUUGUCUGUAAUUGCCAUCGGUGGCAUUGUUCUCCUUGUUGGCGGGAGAAGGGAGAGUCUGUUGAGGUUUGAGGACGCAUUCAGCUCAGAGAUCCCCGGUGCAUCACAGGUUGCCGAAGCCUUCUUCCAAGGACUGUAUGCUUACGGUGGCUGGUGGUCCCUCAAUUAUAUGGCAGAGGAGAUGAAAAACCCUAGCAGGAAUAUCCCUUUAACUGUGAUGACUGCUGUUCCUGCAGUAAUGGUUUUUUAUUUACUGGUGAACAUCUCAUAUCUGACUGUCCUCACUCCUAAGGAAAUUGUCUCUUCAGUUGCUGUGGCAGUCACUUGGGCUGAUCGAGUGAUCCCCUCUGUUGCCUGGAUCAUUCCUCUCUCUGUUGCUGUCUCAAUAUUUGGUGCCCUCAACAGCAGCAUGUUCACACUAGGUCGUUUAAGCUAUGCUGGAAGUCAGUCAGGACAUCUACCUGUUUUAAUGUCCAUGCUUAACAUCCAUUCCUGUACUCCAGCACCAGCCAUGAUUUUUUCAACCACCAUUGCAUCCAUUUUUAUCAUCCCUUCUGACCUUAUUAUGUUAACAAAUUACUUCGGAUUUUCUGCCUGGCUUAUGACUGGAUUGACUUGUGCAAGCCUGAUUGUACUUCGAUACCGGGAACCUCAUCUGCAUCGCCCGUACAAAGUGUUUCUACCAGUUCCGUUUGUGAUGGUGGCAAUGUCUUUCUUCUUAGUUUUAGCUCCCAUAGUCUGGUCUCCAAAUCUGCAAUAUGUUUAUGCUUUCCUGUUUAUGCUGGGAAGUCUUAUUGUUUAUCUGCCUUUCAUACAUUUUAAACUGCAUUUUUCAUUUCUUGAUAAAAUUACUUGCCACUUACAGCUCCUGUUGGAAGUCUCCCCUGCCGAUGGAUCUGCUGAGGGCAAAUGUGAAUAAUGGCAGGUGUUUAAUCCUGGUACAACUGAGAGCCCACAGAGGAUUUUGUUUAACUGAAACUGUAGAAGGCAGAGUUUAGAUGAUAGGUGUGAUAUGCAGAUGUACAUGAGUGUGCAUGCAUGUGUGUGUGUGUAUAUAGAUAAAUAUAUAUAUAUGGCAUACAUGUAUACAUGCACUUAUAUGUAUGUAUACAUGCACUUGUAUGUAUACAUGCUGGUAUAUAUAUGUAUGUAAAUAUAUGCAUUUUAAUCUAUAGACAUUAGCAUAAUGAGUUAAUAUCUAUAUAUCUUUAUGUGUACAUGUGUCUAUCUACAGGUACGUAGAUAUAUAUGUACACUUAUUUAAUAGGUGCAAAGAAUUUCUCUCAAGCUGGUAAAAUCUGUAGAGUUCUCUCCCUUGCUCCUGAAGACAGAAUUGCUUGUUGCAUAUAUUCUUGCAAUAAUAGAAAAAUUACUUAAUUACAGCACAAAUUAUCAAUACUAUUAUCUAAUAAAUGCGUAAGUACAUACUAAACAUUGCCAUUAUGUAAAUAUACUUUUCGAUUCCAAAUGAAAUUGUCUGGAUUAUUUUUAGUUCAUAGUAGCUCAUUUAUUAGCACUUCUGUUUCUAAAGGCUUUAUACUUCUGUUCAUCUGCUACCUUUUUUGUCUGAAUUUAUUUUUAAUAAAAACCUUUGAAGAACAUAAUAAAA